AUGUACAAAAAUUGGAUUAACCUAGCAGUCGAGGUUGUGGCCGCGACCCCACAAACUAAGUUAGAUUCGGACUUCGAAAAAGCCAAAACGGGCAGAGGACAAGUUGAGCGCGCUCGAGGAAAAGUAAACGCACCGAUGAACAACAGCGAACGUUCGGCAUUUCAGCAGGUCGAUAUCCCUGUGUGGUCUUCAAGUCAGUCGCUUGUGGUAUUGAGAGUAACAGGACAACUUACGGCCGGACCAAAUAGCGAUUCAAAGGCCGGCUCGGAGAUGAUGCCCCUUAACUGGGAUGAAUUUCGUUGUAUAUGUGACCUGUCCGAGUACAGUCGUAAAUUCUUCAACAAAAUCCGUCCAUUCCUGCAAAAAGUGGUUGAGAAAUUCAGUCAUGGUCAUCUGAACCCCUCACUUUCUCUGCUUGUCUGUAAACCGGUUCUGAAACAUGUUAAAGCCUUCGUUCUGUACUUCGAACACCACACACCAUGGAGCUUAAACCUAAAGAUGAGAGUCAGGAGAGGAAUAUAG